AAAGGCCCCGUGCCCCAAAAGCCUCUGGUUUUUGCUUUUGCUUUUCAAACGCCCUCUUCUUUGCACUAUUGUUUUGGCCCCAUGCUUUGCUUUCCCACGGGCAUUGCUGCCCUAAGAAGGAAGGUAUGUGAGGAUUUUAACACCAAGCGAACCCAUCUAAGCCCCCCAUUCAAAUUGACCUACCUCUCCUUGUCCUAUACCCUCCCCAGCAAGAGGCUUUCUUGCAGUUCCCCCUUCUAAAGAAGGCACCACAUGUAACUCAACAUGGUCGGUUCUCUGCAAACAAACUCCAGUUUAAUUUGUCCAUGACCGACUUGGUUAAGGCACCGCCACCCAUCCAUCAUGAUCACAUCUUUAUUCCCUCCACUUUCUCCUUUUAAAAAUAGCUUCAAGCUCUUCCCUCUUUGGACCCUUCAGUCCCUUGUCCACAAAGACGUAGCUUCUCCAUGAAUGAAGUCCUCUUCCUUCCCCCUUCAAGGCAGAGGCUGCCAUCUUGAGUCCCUGAAAGAAAGAAAGGAGAAGACAAUCCGAGACUACUUUGCGUCACGAUUGGGCUUGAGGUUACUUGCAAGGUGGCCAAAAAUUUCGGCUUCCUUGCCGGCAAGGGAAGCCGAGAAUAUUGGGUGAGGGAGGAGGAUCAUGAAGCUGGUGGUAGAGGUGGUGGACGCCCAUGAUCUUAUGCCCAAGGACGGCGAGGGGUCGGCAAGCGCAUUCGUUGAGGUGGACUUCGGCAACCAGCUCACCCGAACCAGAACCAUCCCCAAGGAUCUCAACCCUGUGUGGAACCAGAGGCUCUCCUUCUACCUCGACGAUCCUGAAAGCCUCUCGAAACAGAGCAUCGAGGUCUCCAUCUACAACGACCGGAAGACUUUCCCCGGUCGCAACUUCCUCGGAAAGGUAAGAAUCCACGGCUCAAAUAUUGUUAGGAAAGGAGAGGAAAUCCUCCAGAGAUUCCCACUAGAGAAGAAGUGGUUCUUCUCCUCGGUCAAAGGCGACAUCGCCUUGAAGCUCUACAUCUCUCCAGACCCCAAAACUCCUCCACCACUUCCAUCUCCCCCUCCUUCCAUCGAUAUUAAUCCUCCUUCCAUUGAUACAAGUGAAAGCACCGAAACCGCCCCUUCUACUACUAAAACUCCUACCUCUUCUCCUGCUGAAGAGGAAGCGGAGCUAAUCAAAGAGCCAAUUGAAGUAAAACUAGAGACCAUCCACCACAUCAACAAGCAUCAGGUCUCGCCACAGCCGGGGAAAUCCAUCGAGCAGCAGAGCCCAGCAGCGGUGCCAGUGCCCAUCAUGACCUUCCAGCAGGUCCAGCAUGGGCAGGCCCAGGGGAGCCGGGCAGAGGAGUACAAGCUCAAAGACACCAGCCCCCAGCUCGGCGAGCGUUGGCCUGCGGGGGCCCACGGGAAGGGCGGCGCCUGGAUUGGCGACAAGUUCACGAGCACCUACGACCUCGUCGAGCAGAUGUACUACCUCUACGUGCGCGUCGUCAAGGCCAAGGACCUCCCCACCAACGCCAUCACCGGAAGCUGCGACCCCUACGCGGAGGUGAAGCUCGGCAACUACCGGGGCACCACCAAACACUUCGAGAAGAGGACCAAUCCUGAAUGGAACCAGGUGUUCGCUUUCUCCAAGGAGCGAAUCCAAUCGACCAUUCUCGAAGUAUUUGUCAAGGAUAGGGAGAUGGUGGCGAGGGACGACUACGUCGGCAAGGUGGUGUUUGAUCUGAACGAAGUGCCAACGAGAGUCCCGCCGGACAGUCCCUUAGCCCCGCAAUGGUAUCGGCUGGAGGACCGCCGGGAGGAAGUCAAGGUGAGGGGGGAGAUCAUGCUCGCUGUAUGGAUGGGGACGCAGGCCGAUGAGGCCUUCCCGGAGGCGUGGCACGCCGACGCUGCCUCCGUCCAAGGCGAGGGAGUGUUCAACAUCCGGUGCAAGGUCUACGUCUCUCCAAAGCUCUGGUACCUCAGAGUAAAUGUCAUCGAAGCUCAGGACGUGCAACCCAACGAGAGAGGCCGGUAUCCGGAUGCCUUCGUCAAGGCCCAAGUCGGCAACCAGGUGCUCAAGACUCGAGUCAGCAGCACACGAAGCUUGAAUCCCAUGUGGAAUGAGGACCUGGUGUUCGUCGCGGCGGAGCCCUUCGAGGAGCACCUCGUGCUCACCGUCGAGGACCGGGUGCAUGCGACCAAGGACGAAUUGCUCGGGAGGAUCGCCUUGCCACUGACCCUGUUCGAGAAGCGGCUGGACCACCGGCCGGUGCACUCGCGGUGGUUCAAUCUGGAGAGGUUCGGCUUCGGCCCGCUCAGCGAGGAGCUCAGGUUCUCGACCCGGGUCCAUCUCCGCGUCUGCCUCGAGGGAGCCUACCAUGUCAUGGACGAGUCCACCAUGUACAUCAGCGACACCCGCCCCACCGCCCGCCAGCUCUGGAAGCAGCCCAUCGGAAUCCUGGAAGUCGGCAUUCUCAGCGCCCAGGGUCUGGCUCCCAUGAAGACGAAAGACGGCAGGGGCACCACCGACGCCUAUUGCGUUGCGAAAUAUGGCCAGAAAUGGGUUCGAACUCGAACGAUCAUCGACUCUUUCAGUCCCAAAUGGAACGAGCAGUACACAUGGGAGGUCUACGACCCCUGCACCGUGAUCACGCUUGGGGUGUUCGACAACUGUCAUCUCGGUGGCAACGACAAGCCUGCCGGAGGUGGCCCGGGCAAAGACACGAAAGUUGGCAAGGUGAGGAUUCGGCUAUCGACGCUCGAGAUGGAUAGGAUAUACACACACGCGUACCCGCUUAUCGUUCUCCAGCCGACGGGGGUGAAGAAGAUGGGGGAGCUGCAGCUGGCGGUGCGGUUCACGUGCCUGUCCCUCGCCAACAUAAUCUACCUCUACGGCCACCCUCUGCUGCCCAAGAUGCAUUAUAUCCAUCCAUUCACUGUGAGCCAGGUCGACAACCUGCGGUACCAAGCGAUGAGCAUCGUGGCGGCGAGGCUCGGAAGGGCGGAGCCGCCGCUGCGGAAGGAGGUGGUGGAGUACAUGCUGGACGCGGACUCCCACAUGUGGAGCAUGAGGAGGAGCAAGGCCAACUUCUUCCGGAUCAUGUCGCUGCUGUCGGGGUCCAUUGCUAUGUGCCGGUGGUUCGACGAUGUUUGCCACUGGAAGAAUCCGAUCACGACCAUACUGGUUCAUGUCUUGUUCGUGACACUGAUCUGCUGUUAUCCCGAGCUGAUCCUGCCGACGAUGUUUCUGUACAUGUUUAUGAUUGGGUUGUGGAAUUAUAGGUUCAGGCCGAGGCAUCCGCCGCACAUGGACACGAAGCUUUCGUGGGCGGAGGCCACACACCCGGACGAGCUCGACGAAGAGUUCGAUACAUUUCCCACGACGAAGCCGCAUGAUUUGGUCCGGAUGAGGUAUGACAGGCUUCGGAGCAUGGCGGGGAGGAUCCAGACGGUGGUGGGGGACAUGGCGACGCAGGGGGAGAGGUUUCAGUCUCUACUGAGUUGGAGGGAUCCAAGGGCGACGUGCCUGUUUGUGAUGUUCUGCCUCAUUGCGGCUGUGGUGUUGUAUGUGACCCCAUUCAGGGUGAUAGCACUGGUGGCAGGGCUGUAUAUACUGCGCCACCCCCGGUUCAGGAGCAAGCUGCCCUCGGUGCCGAGUAAUUUCUUCAAGAGACUGCCGUCCCGGAUAGAUAGCAUGCUCUGAAAGGAUGUUAGCUGCCAUCGUGGAACCUGUUUAGGGGGAAGAUCUGGCCUUUCAAAUUUGUUAUAAUUUUGGUAUUUGUUGAACUAUACUGGGUUUUUUUUUUCUUUUUGCCUUUUUUUUUACAUGUUUAAGUGGUGUAAUGAUUUCAAAAUUCAGCUCUCUUGUUUCUAUUUUGGAUGGUGAGUUGAGUCUAGAGUAUAUUACUAUAAGUCCGGUGAUGUAAUAAUGUGAAUGUGACAUUUUGCUUUUUCAUA